AUGCACAGUCUCCCCAAACUGGCACUCACAGCCCUACUCCUUAUCUCACCAGCAACAUGCAUCUCAAAUCCCAAACCACCCGGCAAAGACGCCAUCCUACUAUCAAACGUUCAAAGCCUAACACUACGCGCCCAUCGCAUGACUAGCUCGCGGCGCAUUUCACCAAUCCCCCAACUUAGCUGCGCAGGCCCAUCAAAACAAAUAUGCAAUCUCUACCAACCAGAAGUAAUGCGCUGCACAAACCAAGGUUACGACUACGACAUUGAAGACGUACAGUGGACCUGCACCGCAGACCUACCGGCAGAAUUCAAGCUCGGCGCAACAGAUGUCAUCUGCGAGGGAUACCGGAACGCCGACGAUAAUUGGGUGUUGAAGGGCAGUUGUGGUGUUGAGUACCGUCUUCUCUUGACCGAGGCUGGGGAGAAGAGGUUUGGGAAGAAAGGCGGCGAUUCGGAGUGGGAUUGGUCAGGCAAGAACCGCUCGGGCACUGGGAUUCAGAAGAUCAUGGCUGUGCUUGGGGAUCUGAUUUUCUUUGGGUUUAUCGUUGCGGUUUUCGUCAUGAUCUUGUGGCCUAUUUUGGCGCAAUGUUUCGGGCGGGGGAAUCGGCGAGGUAGGGGUGCGGCUCCGGCACGGGGGUGGGGCGGGUUCUGGGGCGGAGGUGGCGGUGGAGGUGGAGGUGGUGGAAAUGAUCCCCCGCCUCCGUACAGCAGUUUCGAUCCUUACAAAUCUGCUGCUCGUCAGCAGGGCUGGACGCCCGGGUUCUGGACUGGUGCGCUAGGCGGUGGUGCGGCUGGUUAUCAGAUGGGGAGACGGGCUAAUAGUGGAUCGCGCGGCGGGAUGCCAAUGGGCAGAUCUGGUGGAUAUGACCCAGGUGAAGGCAGCUCGCGCUCGCCGCCGCAGUUUUCGUCUACGACUGCUAGUACUGGGUUCGGGUCAACGAGGCGUAGGUGA